GUUCGCAAACAAUUUGAAGAUAAGUAAGAAUAGUACUUUCAAGUGGUAGGUUUUAUAAAAUAAUGUUGUAUAGAAACGAUAUCUACUCACUUGAUAGAUUAUUGCCUUUUAAAUACCAAGAUGAUUCCUUACGCUCUUAUCUUAUUUCUUCUUGCUACUGACUCUACUUUAGCAAAAUCCAUCAAAUCAAUAAACAGCAGCCUCACUUUAAAAGGCACAAACAAUGGAAUAGAAUUACAAGUCAAGAACGAUAGAACUGGUAAAGUUGUAUUCAAAGGUACUCUUGGAGAAGGCAGAGAUUUUAGCAGUACUUCAUGUAUAGGACAACCGAAAUGUCAAAUGGGAGAUAUCACAUUUUCUUUCAAUUCAAAGGACAAUAUAUUAGAUGACACAUUCGAUUUUGUUUGGGAGACCCAAAAUAAGAAUGAAGUUCUAAAAGACUGCUUUCAUUUAGAAAAUUAUCAAUGGUUUGGUGGACCACAGCGAAGAGUCCAAAUAUGGCCACUUCAAAAUAUGACCAUCGAAGAAUCGACUGCUUAUGUAAGCAGGAAAGACGACAACCAUGGAGUUGCGGAAAGAUACUGGUUGAAUUCACAAGGAGGUUUUAUCUUUUUGGACGACACAAAUCCUUUAUUCGUCAGUCAAAAUGAGGAUAAUAGCCAAAAUAAAGUUUGUUUUAUUUCAAAGUUACAAGCUCCUUAUAUAAAUAGAACGAGGAAUUAUCUUCACUAUACAUUAGGUGUUCAAAAUGAUGCCAAAGAGGCUCAUCUUUUUGCAAUAAACAAGUUUUUAGGAAAACCAACAGGUCAUCCAAAUGAAAAAAUGGUAUCUGAACCUAUUUGGACUACUUGGGCAAAAUAUAAGAGAAACAUAGAUGACGCCACUGUUUUAGAAUUCGCUCAAAGUAUAAGAAACCAGGGAUAUAAAAACGGGCAGCUAGAAAUAGACGACUUUUGGGAGACUUGUUACGGUUCCCAACAAUUUUCACAAGAUAAAUUCUCUUCAAUUUCCGAAACGGUUAAGAAAGUGAAAGAUAUGGGUUUUAGAGUCACCUUGUGGAUUCAUCCAUUCGUUAAUGAAGGUUGCGAACCAAAUUCUCAAUAUGGAGCAGAGCAUGAUUAUUUCGUGAAAGGGGAAGAUGGUUUAAAUAAUGCUACUUGGUGGAAUGGCGAUAAAAUUGGUCAUCAAAUAGAUUUUACACAUCCAGAAGCAGCCGAAUGGUGGAAUAGUAGAGUUAUGAAAUUACGUAAAGAACAACAAUUUGAUAGUUUUAAAUUUGAUGCUGGUGAAAGUGAUUAUGGCCAACAACCUUCAGUUUAUCCCAACGUGAAUCAAGAAUUGAUUCCAAAUAUACUUACAUCUACUUACAUACGAAUUUGUGCUAAGUAUGGAGAUUUGAUUGAGGUCAGAUCAGCAUGGAGAACGCAGGACUUACCCAUUUUCGUUAGAAUGUUGGACAAGGACAGUUCCUGGGGCAUAGAUAAUGGUUUAGCAAGUUUAGUCACAACUUUAUUUCAAUUAAAUUUGAAUGGAUAUACAAUGGUUUUACCAGAUAUGAUAGGAGGUAAUGGCUACACACAGUUACCAACUCCUGAAUUACUUGUCCGAUGGACUCAAGCUAACACUUUCAUGCCAGCUAUGCAGUUCAGUUAUUUACCCUGGGAAAUGACUAGUGAUGAAUUCGACGUACCAGGCAUCGUCAAACGUUAUGUUAAUCUCCACGAGAAAUACUCAAAUGUUAUACUAAAAGCAAUGCAAAAAAGCAUCGAAGAUGGAAGUCCUGUUAAUCCUCCUAUAUGGUGGCUGGAUCCCUCAGAUUCUGAAGCGUUGUCCUGUAAUGACGAGUUCCUAUUGGGCGAAGAAAUCCUUGUUGCUCCAAUUUUGAAAAUGAAUACGACAUUAAGGGAUAUAUAUUUACCCAAAGGAACAUGGACUGAUGGUCAAACCGGUACGGUGUACGAAGGACCUACAACCAUUUUAAAUUAUGUAGCUGGUAUUGAUAUUCUACCAUAUUUCAUUUUGAAAAAAACUUAAUUUUCAUUUAAAUAAAUCAAAUAUAAUAAUUAUAAACUAUAAA